CUUCUCUUUCAAGGCGCGCCCAUUGGAUACCACGUGGGUUAUCGCGGAGUGAACAUAGAGGAGACAGGUGAUAGGAUUACCUAACCACCAACAAAAACAAGCACCGAUCACUAUCAACGGGAGAAAUUUGAAGGAGGCCACUUCUUUCACUUAUCUAAGAAGUAUCGUUUCAGAAGCAAGCUGCACGGAUGAGGAUGCCAAAGCCAGGUCGGAAAGGUAAGACAGACCUGUAUUAGUCUGAUGCCAAUAUGUAUACUUACAGCAUGUAGCAUGGAGAGCGAAAUUCAGAUAAACUAUAAAUUCGUUUUGUCGAAAUUAUUCCAUCGCUGUGGGUUAUUUUCUCCUAUACUGGGUUUCUUUGCUCUAAAAUAUAUAAAUAUAGUUGCGAAGAAAACCCGUAAAUUUUAUAGACGUCGAUGGAACUACAAUGCCAUGUUGCAUUCGGCGUAACUUUCACGUUUUCCAUAGAAUUAACUUGUUAAAAACUACUCCCAAAUAAAAAUAUCUUCCCCAACCUUUUUAUUUGUACUCCUGUAAUAGAAACCAUUUUUACGGAAAAUAUUAAGCUGUGUAUUAGCGUUAACUGGAAAUGUAAUCUGGCUAAUUCUUAUUUGCAUUAGCAUCUUGACUUUGACGUUCUGACUGAUUUCCCUCAGAUGCGAAUAAAGUAUUUACUAUAAACAAAUUGCUAUCGCUAUCACUCACCUCCGGAAUAUUUACUGAAAGAGCUGUU